UUCGACUCAUCGUUGGUCGAGACGUGCCGAAGCUGAAGUGCACACGACAUUGUCAGUAGCCAUAUUAAUUGGCUUUCAUUGUCUUUUUAACCGUGUUCGAAAAGUCUGAAUUUGAUAGAUAUUUACUUUUCAACGAGAAUAACCUUUUCAUCUGCACGAACGUUGGAGUGAAAAACUGAUCUUGCGUUACAAUCAAGGAAAGUGUGUGCGGAUAGGACUCAAUGAGAUACUAUACAACCAACAAAAUAGGAACAUGUCAAACGACGUGAAUAUGCAAGCCGAAAAACCCAAUGAGGAAGAAACUGUCAAUAAUGCAGAAGAAGAAGAAGGCAGUUCGUCUAUUGACCUGCAUGCGCAAGAAAGCGGACCAGUUUAUGGAGGAUGCGAAGGGCCGAAUGCAAUGUAUGUAAAAUUGGUGAGCAGCGACGGACAUGAAUUUAUCGUUAAGCGUGAACAUGCUUUAACUAGCGGGACUAUAAAAGCCAUGUUGAGCGGUCCUGGUCAGUUUGCUGAAAAUGAAGCUAACGAAGUUAAUUUCCGUGAAAUCCCCUCUCACGUAUUACAAAAGGUUUGCAUGUAUUUUACUUACAAAGUACGUUAUACGAAUAGCAGCACAGAAAUACCAGAAUUCCCUAUCGCACCUGAAAUUGCGUUAGAAUUGUUGAUGGCCGGAAAUUUUUUAGAUUGUUAAGAGCAACGAAUAAUAUUGGUAAUUAGGAGCAAUUUAGUUUUGGAAAUUAUCGAAAUCUAUCGUUAUCAUUUUUCUUUGAAGUUUGCCAAUGCAUCGUCAUGUUUUUGACGAACACACCCGCUUUAUGUUCUUUUAUUUAUACCUGUAAUGUUAAAACACUUGGCGCGUUAUACUUGUGGUUGUAAAAAGAAAUUAUCAAAGUAUAUCGAAUGGCAAAACCUUAAACUCUCAAUAUUUAUCAAAUAUUGAACAUUUAACAAACGAUUAAAAAUAUAUAUUGCUUUCGUAUAGGAGACAGAUUAUACUUGAUUGCAUUCAUCGCAUUUUUCGGUGACAUAAUAAACAUGUUCUGAAUAAUCUAUUACAAAAAAUAGCACAUCGAUAUAAUACGCAUAUCUGUAUAUGAAUGCUUGGUCCAACAAUGUAACAUCAUUUUGUGAUUGUAAAACAUUGCUUACAUUGCGUAUAAUUAAUAGCGGUAUAGAAUCGGCAAAUCAUGCAAUAGCAGAAUUUCUCAUUUUUUAACAACAUUGCGUAUUGUUACAGUUCUGUAUUUAUGUUUUUCAUUACAUUUAAGAUUAUUUAUUUU